AUGGACGCCGUCGAGAUGGAGGCGGCGCAACCAGCGCAAGACGCCGUCGAUCCGUUCUGCUCUUCAGUGCUAUCCCAAUUCAGCCACUCUUCCACCGAGCACGACAUCCACGUUUGCACUGCCAUCGGCGCCAUGUCGCAGGAGCUCAAGGACCAAAACCUCCCUCUCACCCCCAUCGCAUAUUUUGGCGCCACUUGCUCCUCUCUCGAUCGCCUUUCCUCGUCUUUUGAACCUCCCGGCCACCUCCUCGACGCAUUGAUUACCAUUCUAUCCCUUGUUGUCGACGAAUUCAACACGUCCAUCCUCAAAUCAAAGUAUGAUUAUCUGUCCGAGCUCUUGAUUCGGGUCCUCCGGUCGAAAACUAUCGGGGUUAAUGGGAUUGUGCCGGCUUUAAAGUGUGUUUCGCUGUCGUUGAUUGUGAGAGAAAAUGUUGCCUGGGCUGACGUAGUGCAGUUGUAUGGGGUUCUUCUUGGUUAUAUUAUUGACGAUCGGCCUAAGGUAAGAAGGCAGUCACAAUCACGUCUUCGUGAUGUCCUAUCAAACUUUCAGAUAUCACCGCUCCUUGCUCCAUUACUUGCACCUUCGAGUGAAGCUAUUACCAAUGUCUUAGAGAGAUAUCUCCUACUUGCUGGAGGAUCAAUUGCGAAGGAUUCAGAGGGACCCAAAGGAGCACAGGAGGUUCUUUUUGUUCUGGAUGCCCUGAAAUUCUGUCUUCCUUAUAUGUCUGCAAAGUCCUCUACCAACAUCAUGAAGUACUUUAAAACUCUCUUGGAACUGAGGCAACCCCUUGUCACUAGGCGCAUAACAGAUGCUUUGAAUGCACUUUGUCUCCAUUCAAUAGGAGAAGUUUCUGCUGAGGUUCUUCUCGAUCUGUUAUGCUCAUUAAUUAAUUCAGUCACUGCACAUGAGUCAUCUGCUGAUAGCAUGACAUUCACUGCUCGCUUGCUAGACAUCGGGAUGAAGCGAGUUUAUUCACUUAACAGGCAAAUUUGUGUAGUUAAGCUCCCUGUUGUAUUCAAUGCGCUCAAAGAUAUUUUGGUUUCUGAACAUGAGGAGGCCACGAUGGCAGCAAUGGCUACUUUUAAGAGCUUAGUACAAGCAUGCAUUGAUGAGAACUUGAUCAAACAGGGUGUUGAAGAGAUUACAAUGAAUUCUAAUGUGACAUCAAGGAAAUCUGGUCCAACUGUCAUUGAAAAAGUUUGUGCAACUAUUGAAAGCCUGCUUGACUAUCACUAUGCUUCCGUUUGGGAUAUGUCAUUUCGAAUUGUUUCGUCAAUGUUUGAGAAAUUAGGAAAAUAUUCAUCCUACUUUUUAAGGGGAACACUGAAGAGUUUGGCAGACAUGCAGAAGUUGCCAGAUGAAGACUUUCCUUUCAGGAAACAGUUGCACGAGUGUGUGGGGGCUGCCCUUGGUGCUAUGGGACCUGAGACCUUUUUGAAUAUUCUACCACUUCAGUUGGAUGCUCAAGACCUAUCUGAGGCUAAUCUCUGGCUUUUUCCUAUUCUGAAGCAAUAUAUUGUUGGUGCCAAUCUAAGCUUCUUUACAAAGUCAAUUUUACCCAUGAUUGGUGUGAUGAAGCGGAAGUCUGCUAUUCUGGAGCAAGAGGGAAGGAUUUAUUCAGCAAGGAGUGUUGAUGGGCUUAUAUACUCAUUGUGGUCACUGUUACCAUCCUUUUGCAAUUACCCUGUGGAUACUGCUGAAGGUUUAAAGGAUCUAGAGAAAGCUCUAUGUAGUGCUCUGCGUGAAGAGUCUGAUCUUCGUGGAAUAAUAUGCUCCAGUUUGCAGAUUCUCAUUCAGCAGAACAAGAAAGUUCUGGAAGGAAACGGGGAUCUUUCGAAUGUAGAAAUAAGCAUUCCUGAAGAGCGAGCCAUUGCCCUCUAUACUUCACAAGUCGCAGAUGCUAACUUACGCAUGUUGAGAUCCUCUGCUCGUGAGUUGUUGUCUGUUCUUUCUGGGGUCUUCUUGAAAUCUUCCAAGGAUACCAGUGGACUGCUACUGAAUACAAUUGGCGAGCUUGCUUCAGUUUCGGAGAAAGAGGUGGUCACAAGAUUUUUCAGGACUACCAUGCAGAAGCUUCUGAAGGUCACUCAAGAGGCUGGAAAAUCAGGAACCUCGAGAAGUUCUAACCUAAUGCAGGUUGACAACUCAUCCCAUGAAGGUUCACUAUCAUCAACCAGGGCACAGUUAUUUGACCUUGCUGUUUCACUUUUACCUGGCUUGGAUACGAAAGAAAUUGAUCUUCUCUUCAUUGCUAUACAACCUGCAUUGAAGGAUGUAGAGGGUUCGAUCCAGAAGAAGGCCUACAAAGUUCUAUCAAUGAUUUUCAGGCACUCUGAUGACUUCAUUUCUCGAAGGCUUGAAGAGAUGCUCAGUCUGAUGAUAGAAGUUCUUCCAUCAUGUCAUUUUUCAGCCAAACGUCACAGACUUGACUGUUUGUACUUCUUGAUUAUUCACGUUUCUAAGGAUGGAUCUGAACAGAUGAGGCAUGGCACUGCUGCAUCUUUCCUUACUGAAAUUAUACUUGCACUAAAAGAGGCUAAUAGAAAAACAAGGAAUAGAGCAUAUGAUAUUCUUGUCGAGAUUGGUCAUGCCUGUGGAGAUGAAGAGAAAGGUGGCAAAAAGGAGAAUUUGUACCAGUUUUUUAACAUGGUUGCAGGAGGCCUGGCUGGAGAGACCCCUCAUAUGAUUAGUGCCUCGAUGAAGGGCCUAGCUCGCUUGGCUUAUGAGUUCUCUGACCUUGUUUCUGCUUUGUACAAUGUCCUUCCAUCCACAUUUCUCCUCCUGCAAAGAAAGAACAGAGAAAUAAUCAAGGCUAAUUUAGGUUUGCUGAAGGUAUUGGUGGCCAAAUCACAAGCUGAGGGCUUGCAAAAGCACCUGCAGAGCCUGGUUGAUGGAUUGCUGAAUUGGCAAGAUAGUACUAAGAACCAUUUCAAAGCGAAGGUUAAACUACUCCUCGAAAUGCUUGUAAGAAAAUGUGGUCUGGAUGCUGUGAAGGAAGUCAUGCCUGAAGAGCACACAAAACUUCUCACCAACAUAAGAAAGAUGAAGGAGCGGAAAGAGAGGAAGCAAGUUGCUAAAUCUGUUGAUGCGAGAUCUAUUCAAUCGAAAGCAACUACAUCCAGGAUGAGCAGAUGGAAUCAUACAAAAAUAUUUUCUGAUUUUGGUGAAGAGGAAAUGGAAAACAGUGAUGCUGAAUACAUGAACGCACAGAGUAUUUAUAGUGGGAAAAAGAAGGAUUCCUCGAAGUUUGAAUUUAAGGCAUCUUUACGAUCCAAGAGAACCCGUGAAGCAGCAAAGAGCUUGCAAGAAGACUUAUUUGACCAAUUGGAUGAUGAGCCACUUGACUUGCUUGAUCAGAAAAAGACGAAGUUUGCUCUGCGAUCAUCAGAGAUAAUGAAAAAGAAGUCUGAUUCCGAUGAUGAGCUAGAGAUAGACCCCGAAGGGCGUGUAAUUAUUCGUGAGGAAGGUUGGGAAAAGAAGGGAGGUAGGACCCACAAGCGAGAGAUGCCUUAUGACACAGAGGCAGAUGAAGUAAGAAGCAACUUGUCUGCAAAUUCACGAAAAACACAAAAGCGCAGAAAGACGUCAGAGUCUGGGUGGGCGUAUACAGGUAGUGAGUAUGCAAGCAAGAAGGCACGUGGUGAUGUGAACAGGAAGGACAAGCUUGAACCUUAUGCCUAUUGGCCACUUGACCGAAAAAUGAUGAGUCGCAGGCCAGAGCACCGUGCAGCUGCUAGGAAAGGUAUGGCAAGUGUUGUAAAGCUAACAAAGAGGUUAGAAGGCAGAAGUGUCGCAAAUGCACUUUCCAUGAAGGGAGUUAAAUUAAAGAAGGGCAAAAAGAAAGGGAACCAAAAGAAAAGUUGA